CUGGUUGGUGGACGAGCCCUGCGCCGGUCACGUGUGACGAGCAUAGCCCCCGGGUUGAUUUGGAGAAAGAUAUCGCAAGGCGCCUCACUUCUUCAUCUCGGACACUCGCUGGGCUCCGAGAAAUGGGUUACCACUCUACGGGCCUGUACAAUACCAAGCACCUAUGUCGAGGCUAACCAGGCCACUCCUCUGUUGAACGGUGGCGAGCAGAGGAAUGCAGCACCGCUACAUUCGUUAUCAUUCCGACCCUCGCUGCGAGGAGUGCUCAUAUUCUUCCUGUCUUUGAUCGGUGGAGCCUGCCUAGUGCUGUCCAUCGUCGAUAAUUUCAAUAUGGGAUUCUUUCUGGGUGCGGCCGCCGCGUUCAUUGCUCUUGCGAUCCAUGACAAGCUGAGCGGCGAAGAGGGU